UUUCAACAUCAGGGAGAGGAGAGAGAGAGAGAGAGAGAGAGAGAGAGAGAGAGAGAGAGAGAGAGAGAGAGAGAGAGAGAGAGAGAGAGAGGGUUGUUAGGAGUUUGAUCGUAGCUAAAUUUCGGGAAAUAAUAUCAAAGGCAUCCAAAAUUAUAUGGAGGAGGAGACGGGCAUGGCGAAACCCUAGGGGAGAUAUAGAGAAUCGGAGUUCGUGAGAAGGUUUGACAGUUUUCUCGUGAAAUUCGCUUGUUUCUAGAGGGAGGUAAGGAUUGGGGGGUGUGUCUCCAAGGGAGGCGCUGGGCGCAGGGCCUCCGGUAAUUCGGUGAAGAGGCUCUCGUCGCAGCACCUCGUCAGCGGAAGCGGAUCCGUCGGAGAGGCGACCGAUCAGUCUGAUAUUGUCGGCGGUGCCAAGAUGAAGGGCCUCUUCAAAUCGAAGCCUCGCACUCCGGCCGAUAUCGUACGCCAGACGCGCGAUCUCCUCCUCUAUGCCGAUCAAGCCACCUCUCUGCCUGACCUCCGAGAAUCCAAGCGAGAGGAGAAGAUGGCGGAACUAAGCAAGAAUAUCCGGGAGAUGAAGUCAAUUCUAUAUGGAAACAGCGAAGCUGAGCCUGUUACUGAAGCUUGUGCCCAGUUGACUCAGGAAUUCUUCAAGGAGAAUACACUUCGCCUCUUAAUCAGAUGUCUUCCGAAACUCAACUUGGAGGCCAGGAAAGAUGCUACACAAGUUGUUGCAAAUUUACAAAGGCAACAAGUCAAUUCAAGGCUGAUUGCAUCUGACUAUCUGGAAGCCAACAUUGAUCUUAUGGAUAUUCUAAUAGAAGGCUAUGAGAAUACGGAUAUGGCUUUACAUUAUGGUGCUAUGUUGAGGGAGUGCAUCCGCCAUCAGGCUGUGGCAAAAUAUGUUUUGGAGUCACAGAAUAUGAAGAAGUUUUUUGAUUUCAUACAGCUCCCCAAUUUCGACAUUGCCGCUGACGCUGCUGCAACCUUUAAGGAGCUCUUGACCAGACACAAGUCUACUGUUGCCGAGUUUCUCAUUAAUAAUUACGAUUGGUUCUUUGCGGAGUAUAACUCAAAGCUUCUCGAAUCCAGUAAUUAUAUCACCAGACGACAGGCUGUUAAGUUGUUGGGUGAUAUAUUGCUGGAUCGAUCAAAUUCAGCUGUGAUGACGAAAUACGUGAGCUCUAGGGAUAACUUGAGGAUUCUCAUGAAUCUUCUCAGAGAAUCAAGUAAGAGCAUCCAGAUUGAAGCUUUCCAUGUCUUCAAGCUGUUUGCAGCGAACCAAAACAAACCUCCAGACAUCGUCAACAUUCUUGCGGGAAACAGAAACAAGCUUCUGCGACUGUUGGCCGAUUUCAAACCUGACAAAGAGGACGAGAGGUUCGAGGCAGACAAAGCUCAGGUGGUGAGAGAAAUAGCAGUGCUUGAGCAACGAGAUCCUGCAUGACCGGCCCACGCGUUGUCUCCGAGGCGCCGCAGAAAUUGAACUCUCGCUUGCUUUCUCCGUAAAUCUUGGAAGACAGUUUUUGGAGCACCCCGGAUGUUGUUAGGGUACUCUCUUAUCUCCCUCUAAAAAUAUGGACUGAUCUUUGGGAUGUAUAUAGAUAUACAUUCACACGUACAUUUUGUUAGUGUCUUUUGAAAUAAUACAUACAUGGUAUGGUCGAACUGGUUUGAUGCGUUGACCUGUUCAUAUUUUAUAUUGUACUCGUAUUUUUGGGGCUUGUAUUACCACAGAUACUAAGUAUAGGCACUUGAUUCCCCAUUGUACAAUC